ACACCACUUACCCUGCGAGCUGCGUUUUAUCAUUUGCUGGAAACGACUGCACUUACCGGCGGCGGAGGCGCAGUGGAUAGUAAAUUCAGCGGAGAGCCGCUGAGCCCGAUGUGUACAACGGCGUAUCUUUGGUCGAAAAGAGGACUUCGGUUUUUCCCGACUCGACUCAUGUCGUCGUUGGUGCGAACUUGUCCUGCAAGUGUUGACAUCGCAGGUUGAGAGACUCGACGGGGAACAGGAGGACGACGCCGUCGACGGGACUCCAAUAACUGAACUCAAAAUGAGUUUUUUUUUCCCUUGCCUGGUUUCGGUUGCAGUUCGAGUGUGAUAUAGAUUAUUAUCAAAUAAUGGGCACUCCGUCGUCGGAAAAUGCUGUCUCAUCCCUGCCACUUUUGAUUCCCGAGAAUUCGAACCAAACGUCUUACGCUUCUGAAACCUCUCUCCUUUCCUUCUCAUUCCCUCAAGUUUCAGCAAGCCAAACGGUUUCUUCCACUGUCGUGCUCCGUUAUGCUUCUUCUCUCUAGCCGCACCGACGAAUGGGGUUUCAUAAAACGGACGAGUCGUGAAAGACGCACUUUAUUGGAAGUUCUUCAGAAGCAGAAAAAGGCAGUUAGCUCUUUCUUCACUUUAUAAAUCUGUGCCGGAUGAUUUACCACAAUUCCUGAAGCUGCUGAUGAGAUACUGGAAAAUCUGGGGAAGGACAGGAAAUUCUUUUUAUACUUGUUCUCUCUAGUCUCUCAUGGCUUUACUAUCAAGUCUAAUAGGGACUCCUCAAUUCAAUGGUAAACUCUUCAAGCCUGGUGCUCUAUGCUCUCUCAUGUCCUUAAAGAUCGUCUAUUAUUCCACCACUCACUCUCAUAUUCCGUCUGUGGAACCCUCAUCUUGCUCUCCUGACAAUGCCAAAGAUGUCGUGGAUUCCCUUAUUUCCAUCUUUACCAAACAGCCGUUGACACCCAACAGUCCUAGAUUAAAUCAGCUUGCUCCUAGAAUCACCACUCAAGUGGUCGAAUCUGUACUGAAAGGUCUCAGGAGUUGGAAAAUAGCUCAGAUGUUUUUCAAUUGGGCCUCAGAUCAACAUGGAUAUAAGCAUAAUUGCUACACCUACAACACCAUGGCAUCCAUCUUGUCUGGCAUGCACCAAAUUUAUCCUCUAAAAGUAUUGAUUAAGGAUAUUUUGAAUUCACAUUGUUCAUUUACCCCUGGUGCAUUGGGUUUCUUAAUUAGAUGUUUGGGGAGCGUUGGAUUAGUCCAGGAAGCUAGUGAAUUGUUUGAUGAAAUCAAGUUAAUGGGUCUUUGUUUUCCCAAUAUUUAUAGCUACAAUUGUUUACUGGAAGUUAUAGCCAAGUCUGGCUCAAUAGAUAUGAUGGAAAUGAGGCUGAAAGAGAUGAAAAAGUUGGGGUGGCAAUUUGAUAAACACACAUUGACUGCAAUCAUGCAUGCUUGUUGCAAUCAUGGGAGGUUCGGAGUAGCUUUGAAUGUUUUUAAUGCAAUGCACGAGAGGGGUUGGGUGGAUGCACGCAUUUAUUCUAUGCUGAUAGUUUCUUUUAGUAAAUGGGGCAAGGUGGAUAAGGCAUUUGAGUUAUUGGAAAGAAUGGAAAGCCUAGAUAUCAAAUUGAAUGAGAAGACGUUUUGCAUUUUGAUUCAUGGGUUCGUGAAGGAGUCCCACGUUGAUAAGGCCCUCCAAUUGCUUGGUAAAAUGCGGAAAGCCGGUUUCAUUGCUGCUGUUUCUGUUUAUGAUGCUCUGAUCGGAGGACUAUGCAAGAACAAGAAGAUUGACAAAGCUUUAUGCUUGUACUCAGAAAUGAAGGAACUUGAUAUCCGACCUGAUGCUGGAAUCCUCACCAAAUUGUUAUCAUGUUCUUCAGAUAAAAGUAUAAUUAUGAAGUUACUUGAAGAAAUUCCUGAAGGUGUGAAUACUAAAAUUCUUCUUUUGUUAUAUAACGCUGCUUUAAAUGGUUAUUCAAGUGAUGGGUUGAUGGAUGAAGCUUGUCAUCUUCUUCAAUCAAUGAUUUGCAACAAAUCUGGUAUGGUUGAUCAGGUAGACAUGCCCUUCAAAGUGAAGAAAAUGAUUUUUCCUGAUUCCACUUCCUUUAGUAUUGUUAUCGAUGGCUUACUCAAAAAGGGUGGGUUGGACCUUGCCUUGGGCCUUUUCAAUGAUAUGCAAAGAAUUGCAUGUAGACCAAAUAUAUUAAUUUGUAACAAUUUGAUCAAUGAACUAUGCAAAGUCGAUAGAUUGGAUGAAAGCCUUAAGCUUUUGAGAGAGAUGAAAGAUUUAGGGGUCGAACCAACUCAUUUUACCUACAACUCUAUAUAUGGUUGCUUUUGUCAAAGAAAAGAUGUAUCUGGAGCCAUCGCUAUACUGAGGGAGAUGCGUGCUUGUGGCCAUGAUCCUUGGAUAAAAUACACUACCCUUCUUGUAAGGGAGCUUUGUGUGCACAAGAUGUCACUAGAAGCAUGCCACUUCCUUAGCAACAUGGUUCAAGUAGGUUUCCUUCCUGAUAUAGUUUCCUAUACUGCAGCUAUACAGGGUUUGAUCAACAUUCAUGAAGUUGAUAAAGCAUUGGAAUUAUUCAGGGAUUUGUGUUCUCGUGGCUACUGCCCUGAUUUAGUUGCUUUUAACAUAUUGAUAAAUGGUCUGAGCAAGCUAAACAAACUAACAGAGGUUGAAAGUUUGCUGAAUGAGAUUGCUGAGAGAGGUCUUUUUCCUUCAGUUGCUACCUACAACAUGUUAAUAGACAGCAACUGCAAAAAUGGAUAUUUUGAUGAGGCUAUGCUGCUUUUUUCCAGGAUGUCAAGGGAAGGCAGGGAGCCCAGUGUUGUUACAUACACGACUAUGAUGGAUGGGUUAUGCAAAGCAGGAAAGCCUGAUGAUGCUCUCGUGGUCUGGAAUGAAAUGGGAAGAAAAGGCUGUAGGCCAAAUAGAAUUGCUUUUAUGGCACUUAUUCAUGGUCUUUGCAACUGCUGUAGGCCCACUGAAGCCCUCCAAUAUUUUCGUGAGAUGAAACAGAAAAAAUUGGUGGCCGACCAGUAUAUUCAUAUGGCAUUGCUAAGUGCUUUACUGUGUGAUCUUAAUUUUCCUGCAGCAUUUGAGAUUUUGAGAGAGAUCGUUGACAGAGGACUUUUCCCCCAAACACAUGAUGAAAGCUAUUUGAUUGUAAGAGAUGCAGUACAAAUAUUAUCUAAGGACGAGGGAACAUCAUCUGGCAUUCAAGCUCUUAUUGAAGAAGGAAAAAUUCCAAUAUCUUGCCUUUCAGUUGUUGGAAAUCAAGGUGUACCUUAGCUCAUUGUUAAGACAAAAGGAAGUUAAUAUUUUUCAGGUUCUAGCUAUGAGCUGAUGGAAGUAUUUUGGAUUUUGAAUGGAGACUUAUGCUUAUUGUACGAAUCUAUUAUGCUUCCUUAAUUCAGAGUCUGGAUCUUAGUGGGUCAUACGUUUCACGAUUUCAAUACUAGGGGGUUGAAGUUAUCUUCAAACGUAGAGGACUGUGGUGUUUUUUGGUUAUAGUGGGUUGCAAGAGAUGUUAAUAAAAGAUGAGGAUUUCCCCCUUCUAUUAUGGCCUCCCUGGGGCUUGCAGCUGUUGGUGUCUUUAGAAGGUUUGGGAUUUCAAACAACGUCAAUUUAAAUCCAGCUGGGAAAUGGGCAUUCGAUUGUCAAGAUCAAUUAACAUCGCCGUUACAAUGACUUUUGCCCAUGACUUUAUGUUCUUGUGUUUUAGAAUUGCUUUGAAAUUGAAUCUUCGUGGGGUGAUCAAUAUCCUUCAGGUUCGGUUACCAUUAUAGAUGAUUAAUGUUCUGAAUCUUAGACCUGUUUGAAGGUCACAUGGAUCGUAUGACAGUGUCCUUCGGUGAACUUGGUAUGUUAUCCUGGCACAAAUAGAUGCAAUGCAUGUUGAUGUCCCUAAGAGGGCAUUAUCAGGGUCCCCGUAGAUAUAAUAGCUACUGUUUAUUCUGAUAAAAGUGGUGUAUAUCUGUGAUGAGAUUCCUUGUGAUAAAUUUGUGUAGAACAUCUUUCUGAUAUAUAUAAAUAUAUAUAUUCAAUAUUUUACUGGAUCUUCUUGUGGUUAUUUGUGGUAGUCAAAAUUAAAAUUAUGAAGCUGAAGCUGGUUUUCCUUUUUUGGUUGGUCAUCAUGUCAUCGGAAAUCAAGAGAAAUGCCAUAAUAUCAAGACGAGGUGGAAAAGAGGUUGAGCAUAUCUGUCUCCUUUGCAGAUGAGUUUCAGGUCCAACGUUUUUAUGGGCCUGUGAAUGUUUCUAAACCCAAGGAUGCUGUGGGGUUUUCUACUCAAGGUAGACAUAUAGCUGAUCCAGUUAUAAUCUCAUUGCUGUCUAGAAGCCAGUGGCGAAGCUUGAUUAGUCUAGAUGUCAGAAUCUCUCCACAGCGCCCUUCUCGUGGUAACAUAUGUGUAAUAUUUGUGGAUUUUCCGUAUCAAAGGAUUAUCUGCAUCAACUUUGGAUUUGGAGCCUGGAAUGGUUAGAAUGCUUCAGCUCAUGGAUAAUGUUAAUCAGCUAGAACACAAGAUACCAGAGUUGAUUUGGAUAUAAUGGGUUCGGGAUUCUUUCAUCCAUGAGCUCCUCCAUAGUAAUAAUUGAGUUUCUAUGAGCUGUUUGAUUUGAAGGCAAAAUAAAUUAUUAGCUAUGUGACUAAUUUAAAGUGUUUAUAUUUUUUUUUUCCCUAAACUAAUUUGUCUGACUUAUAAACAGAUAAUAUAACAUAUGUUAUAAUUAAAUAUAUUUUUAGA